GCGCGCUGUGUGUGUCGCGCGCCACAGCAGACCAGGCAGUAGGAGCAGCAGCGGCACCAUCCACUCCGUCACCAGAGGACGACUCUCCUCGGUCUCCGAGCCCGACUGUUGUUGCUCCCGGUCCCGCCAACUGAGCCGGUGCCUCGCCGCCUGGUGCCUCUCCGACCGCGGAGCGAAGCAGCGCUUUGACUCGGCUGUGCGAAAAGAACCUCUUUUUUUUUGGCCAGAGACGCGCGGGAGACGACACGUCCACCUGGAUAGCUGACACAGCACAAAGUCCGACUCGGUUCGAGGUCCGCUGGGAAAAGAGACGCCCGAGGAGAGGAGGAGGAGGAGCGAGAAGAAGACAGGAUGAAUCUCAAGAGUCAUUUGAUUUUCACCCUCUACACUAUUUAUGGGAUUCUUCUGAAAGUGAUGGCUUCAAAAGGCAAAGUUCGAGGCAUCAGCGGCCAGUACCCUCUGGUUCAAAAUGUGACGGUCACAGAGGGCGGGACGGCGAACAUGACCUGCCGCGUGGAGUAUAAUGACAACACCUCCCUCCAGUGGUCAAACCCGGCACAGCAGACCCUCUUUUUCGGGGACAAGAAAGCUUUAAGAGACAACCGGAUUGAGCUGGUGCGCGCGUCGUGGUCAGAGCUGACCAUCAGCAUCAGUGAUGUCACGCUGUCGGAUGAAGGCAUGUACACCUGUUCCCUCUUCACCAUGCCCGUCAGAACGGCCAAAGCAUACAUGACUGUUCUGGGUGUACCGGAGAAGCCGGAGAUCGCUGGCUUAACGAAGCCUGCCCUGGAGGGAGACCACAUCACUCUGACCUGCAUCACCCAGGGCAGCAAGCCCGCCGCUGACCUGCGCUGGUUCAGGAAUGAGAAGGAGGUCAAAGGUGCCAAAGAGGUGAAUGCAAGUGGGAAGACGUUUACGGUGCGGAGCUCUCUUGAGAUGUACGUGGACAGAAACGAUGAUGGAGUGGCCUACACCUGCAAAGUGGACCACGUGGCACUCGCACAGACACCGCAGCAGGCCACUGAAGUACUGGAGGUCCACUAUGCUCCUCGUGUGGAGAUCGUCCACCCCCCUGCAGUUCCUCAGGAGGGUCAGUACUUAAAGUUGGAGUGCCUGUCCAAAGGAAACCCUUCGCCAGAUCCUGUGAUGUGGACAAAAGACGGAGGUGAACUUCCUGACCUGGACAGGAUGAUUGUAGAGGGGAGGGAGCUCACCUUUACUUCACUCAACAAGACAGACAAUGGCACCUACCGCUGCGAAGCCAGCAACCACCUAGGGAUCAGCACCGCUGAAUAUGUACUCUACGUCUAUGACGUCCCCACCACCCUGCCUCCAUCUACCACUCCCCCCCUACAUCCCAUCCCUCCAGAUCCCACUGCACAAUUAGGCACCCACGCCUCAGACCCCACAGUCAUUGGCAACAGAGAUCCCAACGCUGUGGGGCAGCACGGCACUGACCAUGCCUUGAUCGGAGGAGUGGUGGCUGUGGUGGUCUUUGUCACCUUGUGUCUAAUCAUUGUUCUGGGAAGAUACCUGGCCAGGCAUAAAGGAACAUACUUGACAAACGAAGCCAAAGGGGCGGACGACGCGCCCGACGCCGACACAGCCAUCAUCAACGCUGAGGGCAACCAUGCACACGCAGAAGAGAAGAAAGAAUACUUCAUUUAGACUGCAGAGGGAGCUGCGCUGCUCGCUCUUUCCCCCUUUUCCCCCCUCUCGGUCUCUGUAUCUCCUUUUCUCUCUUUCUGUCUCGCCCGUUUCUUCUCUCACCUCUGACCACUGCCCCGUCGCGACCACGAGGACCCCGCAGGCAGUCCACAGAUUGAGAAGUUCCCCAAGUGUUUUCCUGUUAUUGCCUUUCGUUGAGCCCAUCACCAUCACUCACACCUCGUCCUUUAUUUCGCCCUCUGCUAUUCUUUUUUUUUUCUCGUGACAGCCAGUUUUCACCGGCAGCCUGCCGUUGCUGCCGAUGCGGUACCCUUUGUUUGACAUGAAUUCCUGGAAAUCUGUGUAUCUGCCAUGACUGCUUCUUACGUGUCCCCUCGUUCGCCGUCUCUCCCGUCUCCCUCCAAGCAGACGCCCGAAUACAGAACACGCGACAUCCCCUUUGUUCACACACGUCCACGAACACAUAUCAUAUUUCACGUCAACACGGUGCCUAAAAAUACAGACGCCAUUGAACUUCUGUCAAUGCCUUCAUGUAUCGUCUGUCAGUAGCAAUGUAAAUGCUUUUCAGAUGGUUAUCUGGACCAUCGUUUCAUUGCUUCGCUCACAGCUUUUGAUUAUGCAUUGUGUCUUUUUAUUUGAAUGAAGAUCUGUGCUGUUUUUACGCCUUAUACAUGUCUAUCACACUGAAUAUGGUACUUUUAGAUGCUCCACCUCCCCCGACCCGUCCCCUCUGAAUAGACUUGUAAUUAAUCUGUUGACCCUUGUAAGAUAAGAAGAAGGUUUUGUGUGACACUGUAGUGAGGUUCGUCAGAUAGGUGUAUAAUAUGAUUUCCAUUAUUAGGGUAGGGUUAAUAAAGGUAUCGUUGGUAUUGUUUAGAGCAGAGAAUACACACCAAAAAUAUAUGAAAGAUACUAGAUGAAGCAUUCCAUUCAAUAAACUCAAAUCAAUUCUAUAAAUCCAUUUGCUAAAUCUGCAGUCGCUAUGUACUUUUGUCUGUAUAUUCCUGCAGUGUCCAGGCUGCAGCUUAGAAACACCAACACCGUCAGUGUCCUCUCUACAGCUUACAGUAGUUUGUUAUUCACAUAAAGGGUUCAGGUGUAUGCUACAGUCAAUCUCCUCUCUCUAAAAGCUGUAUAAAUUGUAUUGGAGUGAGUUUAGCUUUUCACUUUUGAAGACUUUUGUCGUAUGUAAAUGUACAAUUUUAAGCCCGAAGGACCCCAUGAAAUGUGAAGUGGCCCAUUAGGAGUUAACACAGACAAAAAAACAAACUCACGGUUACAGUAUGAACAGAGAUUUUGGUGUUAAAUUGAUUUCAGUAAUGUCAUUUUGACACCUCUUGUAAGAUUGAGGUCCAGACAGCCUCACAUGGUGGUUUUGUACAGAUAAGCAACCAGUCAUUUUAUGACUUCAUACAAAUAGUGAUUAUAUCAGUUUGUCCGUGAACUGAAUGAUGAAAUCCAUUUCAUGGGGUCUUAAGGCAAAAAAAAAAAAAAAAGAGAAAAAAAAGAAAAGGAAAGAGGAAGUGAUGUGUGAGUGCUGGGUCAUAGAUCUGCAGGGGCCUCCUUUUCAAAACUGAAGACAAACAGAGAAGCACAAAAAUGUCUGAAUGAGUAACUGCGUUACUUUUCCAACAUCUCGAUCAUCUUUGAAAUGGUUCUUCAAAUGGGUGGUGGAAAGAUGACAAGGCUGUCUUUGAUUUGGUUUAGUUCAUGCGGUGCAUCUUUUUGAAAGUGUAAGCUUAAUCGGGUUUUUUUAUUAUUAUUUUUAAUUUAAAAAAAAAGUUUUUAAUAUUUUUUACUUUAAAUGGUUUUAAGCUCUCUGCUGUAUAUUGUGUCUGCUAAAAUGUAGUUGAUUGUGAAAAUUGCUGUUCUGGAUUCCGGAUUCCCGUAUUCCUUCAAAUUUGUAUAUUAGCCACCUUAAUCUAUUGACUUUUUCUUUUUUUGUUUCUUUUUUCAUUGCAUAAUCCUUAUUAGAAAUCAUAAACAAAAUGUAUUUUUGUUUUGGCACAAGGCAUGUAUAUAAUGUGUGAGAACUAAAGUUUCAUAAUACACAUUA